GCCAAUGCUCCCACAGCUGUGGACUUCGUCCAAAUUUGUUCAGGUCAAGUCAGGAUUACCUUAUUCAAUAAUGGCUUUUAGUUCGUCAAACUAGUUAUGCUGUUGACCUCGAUUUCGGGUACAGAGUCGCUGGUCCUAGAGUGCCAUCUUCUUUGAUCCAUUCCUUUUCCCUGUUCAUCCCAGGACUCCUCUCCAUCAAUUAUUUCUCCGUCUUCUAGAAUUUGAUUUUUUGCUGCUUGCCCGUGGAGCAGAUGAGUUUUGGGUGCGCUGGAAGAUGGUGGGCCUUCUUCUAGAAUUUGAUGUCUUGUUCAUUUCUCAUGGAUUAGAAGAGGUUUGAGCGCGUUGGAAGAGAGAGAGAGAACCAGAGGGCAAAGAGGUGGAGAUGGACAGACGGCGGCUGAAAAAUCUGUAUGCCAAGGAGGCAGUGGAGUUUUUAAACCAUGUAAUUGAAGAGAAGCCGCUGCUGCCCUUCUUGAUACCGUUAGGGUUUUUCGCAUGGGCUAUUGAACGAUGGCUGGUUCCCUUCUCUAAUUGGAUUCCCAUGGCGUUUGCCGUCUGGGCUACUAUUGAGUAUGGGAGUUUCCGACGGCAGCUACUUAUAGAAGGGAUGAAUAGAAGAUGGAAACAUCUCAUACUGCACUCAACGCCUGUAACGCCAUUAGAACCCUGUGCGUGGCUGAACAAGCUCUUGAUGGAAGUUUGGCCCAACUAUAUGGAACCAAAAUUGUCACUUAAGUUUUCCUCAAUGGCAGAGAGUCGGUUGAAAGAACGAAAACCAAAACUCAUUGAAAAGCUAGAGUUACAGGAGUUCUCACUUGGUUCAUGCCCUCCAAAUUUGGGGCAAAAUGGGGUGCACUGGGUUACUGUGGGUGAACAGAAUGUCAUGCGCUUAGAUUUUGAGUGGGACACUAACGAGAUGAGUGUAUUGUUGCUGGCCAAAUUGGCAAAACCUCUGAUGGGGACUGCUCGGAUUGUCAUUAACAGUAUUUACAUCAAGGGAGAUGUCCUCAUAACUCCAAUUCUUGAUGGACAAGCACUGCUUUAUUCUUUUGAGUCUACUCCUGAUGUUAGAAUAGGUGUUGCAUUUGGUAGCGGUAAUGGUCAAACACUUCCAGCAACAGAAUUGCCUGGGGUCUCAACUUGGCUGGUUAAAAUUUUAACCGAAACCCUUGCCAGGAUGAUGGUUGAGCCUCGACGAGCAUGUUUUUCCUUGCCUUCAAGGGAUCUUAGAAAAAAAGCUGUGGGUGGACUACUUUCUGUCACUGUAGUAUCAGUCAGUAAUUUGCACGUCAAUAGUGUGAAACGCAACAGUGUAGAGAGUCCACAGUGUUCAUUAGCAAGCAGUCAGUCUUCAGCGGACUUCGGAAAUCAAAUUGAGCAGACAUUUAUUGAAGUCGAACUUGGUAGUUUGUCCAGGAAAACCAAUUUUAGUAGGGGUUCAAAUCCUGCAUGGAAUUCUGUUUUUAAUCUGCUAAUGCAUGGAGAUUCAGGCAUAAUUAGGUUUCACCUGUACGAUGGGGGUCCAGAUAGUGUAAAGCUAAAUUACUUGAGCAGUUGUGAGAUAAAGUUGAAAUAUGUUGCAGAUGAUUCCACUACGUUUUGGGCAAUAGGGCCUAAGUCUGGCGUGUUGGCAAAACAUGUUGAGAACUGUGGGCAAGAAGUUAAAAUGGUUAUUCCAUUUGAGGAUACUAAUUUUGGAGAGUUAACCAUCCGGCUCGUCUUAAAGGAGUGGCAGUUUUCUGACGGUUCCGUUACCAUGAGUAGAUCUUCAAACGGUCUUCAGUCGUCCAUGUAUGGCUCAUCAAACUUACUGCUCGGAACUGGAAGGAAACUUAGUAUAAGUGUAGUAGAAGGAAGGAGUCUGACCACUAAAGAUAAAUCUGGAAAGUGUGAUCCUUAUGUAAAAUUAGAAUAUGGAAAGGCUCUCCAGAGAACAAAGACGAUAUAUCAUACUACAACUCCCGUGUGGAAUCAAAGUUUUGAGUUCGAUGAAAUUGGAGGAGGUGAAUAUCUCAAGAUCAAAUGUUACAAUGCAGAAAAAUUUGGUGAUGAAAAUAUUGGAGGUGCAAAGGUAAGCUUAGAAGGUCUUUUGGAAGGAUCUUGCAGAGAUGUGUGGAUUCCCCUCGAAAAAGUAAGCUCUGGAGAGCUGAGACUUCAAAUACAAGUUACGAGGAAUAGUGGCCAUGAAGGACAUUGGAAUUCACCACAAAGGUCAUUUUCAGCUGGUUGGGUUGAGUUGGUCCUCAUUGAAGCUAGGGACCUUAUUGCUGCUGAUCUAAGAGGAACAAGCGAUCCUUAUGUUAGGGUUCAUUAUGGUAACCUGAAGAAACGUACAAAGGUUAUAUACAGAACACUAAAUCCUCAGUGGAAUCAAACUCUGGAGUUUCCUGACACUGGUAGUCGCUUGGUUUUGUAUGUGAAAGACCACAAUGCUGUGCUCCCUGAGACCAAUAUUGGUGAUUGUGAAGUAGAAUAUGAAAUGUUGCCUCCAAAUCAAGUAGCUGAUAAGUGGAUACCUUUGCAAGGAGUACGAAGUGGAGAGAUCCACGUCCGAGUAACCAGAAGAAUUCCAGAACAACAGAAUAAACAAAAAAAUUCUAGUCAGGCUUCUUCCUUCAGCACAGCGCAUGAAAUAUCCGGAAAGAUGAGGGAGAUGCUAAAGAAGCUUGAAGGACUGGUACAUGAAGGUGAUACAGAAAGUUUAUCCUUAUCUAUAAAUGCACUGAAAAGCGCACAAGACGCGCAGGAAGGAUAUAUUGUUUCCCUUGAAAGGGAGAAGACAUUGCUGCUCAACAAAAUAAACGAACUUGGUCAUGAACUCAUGAGGUCAUCUUCAUCUCCAAGCUCAUCACCAUACUGAAACUACAAAAAUUAAUAUUUGCAGAAUAUUUAUUAUCUGCUAGUCUUAGCUCUUUGAUAUAGUAAGAAGCAUUGUAUAUUCACAAAAUUCAAUUAAUUUCAUCUUUUUUUCCUCAAUUUGGCUGUGGAACAUCAUGAUGUGUUGCAGCUGAAAGGGUGAGACAGAAUAUAGUUUAGUUUUGUUUA